GGGCAGGCGGAGCGGGGAGCAGCCUUGCGCCGAAAGGGCUCUGGCUGGUUGGUCGGGACGCCUGACAAGUCCCGCAGAAAACUUCAGAGGGGCAAAGUCCAGCCUGCGCGUGAGGGAGACGGCGUGUAAGUUAAUGUGUGAGAGCGUGCCGGGAACUAAAUCACAUGUCAUUUUAAAGAAAUGCUCCAAAGAUGGCGGUGGUAAUAGCGACGGGAGUUUCAGGUGCCUCCGGAGUGCAAAAAAGUGGAUUUGUGGAGGUUUUGGUGCGGGAGCGGUGGCACAAAGUUUUGGUCAACUUGAACGAGGAAGCGCUCACGUUAAGCUGCGAGGAGAGCUGCGUUAACGACAACGUGAUCGACAGUGUCAACUCCAACGGCGUUACCAACGGAUCCUACCUUGACAACAACAACGCCAACUCCAACAACUGCCCCCAAAAUGUGCGCACCGCGUUCACGGACCUCCCGGAGAGAGUGCCCGAGGCGAUCGCCAACAGAAAGCGGUGCGUUAAGGUGACCAAGCAGGAGAUCGGGGGACUUGGGAUCAGCAUCAAAGGAGGGAAGGAGAAUAAAAUGCCCAUCCUCAUCAGUAAGAUAUUCAAGGGGCUCGCAGCGGACCAGACACAGGCUCUGUACGUCGGGGACGCCAUCCUGUCCGUGAACGGUGUGAACCUGCGGGACGCGACCCACGACGAGGCUGUUCAGGCGCUGAAACGGGCCGGGAAGGAGGUGACGCUGGAAGUGAAGUACAUGCGCGAGGCCACACCGUAUGUCAAAAAGGGCUCCCCUGUGUCAGAGAUCGGCUGGGAAACCCCCCCUCCUGAGUCUCCUCGUCUCGGCAGCCCUCCCAUCAGCUCCUCCUCACAUGACCCCCCGAGCUCACCUACACAGCCCUCCCUGUCUCUGCAGGGCGAUAGGAGGUGCAUACCACUCAAGAUGUGCUGUGUAACCCGAGCCAUGACCACACCAGACCCUGAAAACAGACAACUGGAGCUGCACUCCCCGGAUGCCAGGCACACUGUGGUGCUGCGGUGCCCAGACCAACCAUCUGCCCUGUCCUGGUUCUCCGCCAUGCACUCUGUCACAUCUGCACUGGCACAGCGGGCGCUGGCAGAGGUCAUCCAGAACACAGCCAGGACGGGGGUAGCUGGCAGCAAAGAGAUACGACACCUGGGAUGGCUGGCAGGGAAGACGGAGAGUGAGAAGCAGUGCUGGAAGCCGGUGCUAGUGGUGGUGACAGAGAAAGAUCUGCUCCUGUAUGAGACUGUGCCACGAGGCAAGGAGGCCUGGCAGAGUCCUGCACACACUUAUCCACUUCUAGCAACGCGUCUGGUCCAUUCUGGCCCUGACCGGGGGUCGCCACACUCUGGCACAGAGUUGUUUUUUGCCACUCGGACUGGCACACGGCUCGGCAUCGAGACGCACCUGUUCCGGGCUGAGACCACCAAGGAUCUGUCGCUGUGGACCAGACACAUAGUCAACGGAUGUCAUGCCUCCGCUGAGAUGAUCAAAGAAGUCACAACGAGUUGUCUAUACCAGAAUCAGGAGUGCCGGCUUGUGAUUCACUAUGAACAGGGCUUUUCUGUGCUAGCUGACCCCAAACUGGGAGAUGGGGAGACUGGGGAGGAGAGAGGAGCUCAGACACCCACAAAGCCACGGGUGCUCCUUUCCUAUCCCUACGAAAAACUAAAGAUGUCCUCAGACGACGGAGUUCGCAUGCUCUUUCUUGACUUUGGAGGGAAGGAGGGGGAGAUUCAAUUGGACCUCCACUCGUGUCCAAAGCCGAUCGUCUUCAUCCUCCACUCCUUCCUCUCUGCUAAAAUUUCCCGCCUGGGUCUGGUGGCCUGACCUUUCUAAAAGGAUGUUUCAUCUUCUUUGAAAACAGAAAUCCACCUUGUUUCUCCACCUCUCUGCAGCCCGCAUGCAGUAGUACUUCACGUCAAACUCCUUCAGUCGGGGACCCAAGCUGAGUGAAUGUAGCCUCUAUCUGGAAAUUGACCUUUUUUGGGUCUCCAACUCCAAUUCAUUGAAACACUGGAGAAACAGUUUCAGGUUACUUUGAGUGAAAUGGACAGAUUUUUUUGGGACAAACCCUCCUUUAAAGGGCUGCAUGGGCUGAAAUGUUGACUGAAGAACCACAGAAGAAAAAACGGACUGAACUAGAAGAAGACCAAUGACAUACACAGAUAGAAGGACACCGAUUGGGCAUUGCUGUCACGUCCGGGCCUGGAAGGACUGGACACAUGCAGCGUGGUUGAGAUGAAUUUACUUUUAAUUCAAUCAAGAUGUAAUGGCAAACUGCCUCCCAUUUACCAAUUGUAUAAUUUAUUCACCAUUAGCUCUGAAAGGACAUUCUGAAUUUAACUCAGUCAUUUUUCUUCACCAAACAUUUGACACACUGUGGAAAAACUUUAUGCAUUUGUCUUUGUUAGCGUCCCUUGAAAUGUCUUGUUAGCGGUGUCAGCAUUCAUCAUCGAAACUAUGGGCACGAUUGCCCACACAAUUAUCCAAAACAUGACAGCUGACUCAAAUUCAAAAUGUCAUAGUAAUUUUUUUAAAUCAGGUUACAUACUGUGAGCAUCAAGUGGUCAAGGCAUUUCAGUGUUUGUCUGAUUUGACAGUGAUCUGAAGUCAGUUUUCAUGUCUUCAAAAGAAGGUGUUAAUGAAUUACAGUAUACACAAGCUUUCAGAUUUCAUUAAUCACUCAUAGAAAUGCCAGUAACAGUUAAUUACUCACAAACAGUCAACAAAAAAAAACAAAAAAACAAUCAAAUAUCCAACUAAUGAAAAACACGAGUGUAAUAGCUCACUGUGGCAAUUUGGGGAUCCAGAUGGCGUUUACUGUUGUGUUUCUGAUAAGAGGUGUGGACUCAAGUCACAUGACCUGGACUCAAAUCAGACUCGAAUCAUAAAUUUGAUGACUUUGGCUCAACUUGACAAAAUAAAAACUGACUUGCAACUCUGCUUGGACUGUAAAAAAAUGACUUGGACCUCACUUGGACUUGAGCUUUUUAACUUGAAAAUACUUGACACCUCCUUAAAGCCCAAUUGUUAUUGAAAAAAAGUGCCACAAAUCUUUUAAUUUCCCUUAAUUUCCUGAAUCAACUAUUAUGAAUGUUAUUCCCCAAAACUUACUUCUCCAGAGUCAUUUUGUUUGAGAAACACUUUACACAAUAAAUACAAAUUUUAAAAAGUAUUCAUGGGAAAAAUGCUCUUUCACUUUAUAGACCGCAAUUAGCCAGUUAGCUUAGUUUUGCGUAAUGACUGGUAACAGAGUGAAACAGCGAGCUAGCUCAGACAGUUAAUUAAUGAGCUUCAGAGGUCUCGGUUGGUGGAUUUUGUUUAUUUGGACAGGCUAGCUGUUUUCCAUGUUAACACUAAGCUACGCAGCAACUGGCUAUAACCUUAUAUUUAACAAACAAACACACGAGUGGUAGCCUAUCUAUCUUCUCAUCUAACUCUCAGCAAAAAAAAAGCAAAUGAGCGUACUUCCCAAAAUGCUUAUCUAUUCCCCAAAUGAUCUGCAGUCUGAUCUGAUGUGAUGGUGCUGUUCAUUCCUUCCUCCUUUGUUUCAGAGAGGAAAGUGGACUGUUUGUGAUUGUAAGCCUGAUUUACGACUGAAAUCUUUUGGUACUCUCGGAAGAACUGAUCCUGUUUAAAUGGUUAAAAAACAAACCAAACUUCUGUCAAAGUACUUCUAAUAUUCAUAUUCUGAAAACUGACACUCAAUCAACAAUCAUCCUGUCAGGUAUUAUUUGUGUUUCAUUAUAACAUGAUAGCCAUGAUGGGAGUCUUCAAUCCUGCGUCUGUCCUGCAGCAGCCAGUGCAAAUCUUUGAGUGUGUGUGUGUGUGUGUGUGUGUGUGUGUGUCUGUGCAGGUGGAGUGGUGAUAUGCAGCAGAACAAAUCUGUAUACUACACAGUCUCUAACAUGGCUGGCUGCCAGGUCUUUCUUUGUGCCUUUAGAUGACUGAGAAGAAGACAUUUGAAUUUUGAACAAAAUGAUUUAUAGACACAGGAUGGAGCAACAGUGUGACUUCUAUCAUGGCUACUUUACUUUUGGUUAUGAGUGCAGGAACCACCUAUGAUUUUGAACACACAUUUCCAGUGACCAUUCACAACAAUGACUGUUUCUAAAGAUGGAUGGCAUGUCUCCGCUUUUUCCCACUGUGCAAAAAUGAAGCAAAAUAUCCCAGAAACAGACGGCUCUAUCUUGUGCUUGUGACGUCAUUGAACUAAUUACACCAAACUUAUCAGAAAAACAAACAUUUUAACAU